AUGCGGGCGGCGGGGCUGCUGCUGCUGCUGCUGCUGCUGCUGGCCGGGGCGAUGCCGCGAGGCGCGGGCAGCCAGCAGUGCCACCCCGCCGGCCCCGGGGCAGUGCCGGUGCUGCGAUUCACCGACAGGCACGCCGAGAUCCGGGUGCCGGCGCUGCACCGCGUGCCCAGCUCGCUGGAUCCCCUCUACGGCCUCGUCCGGCGCUGCCUGGACCUCAUCCAGCAGAACCCGCUGCCCACAGAGCUGCUCAGGACAGCCCUGAACGACCCCGGCUCGGUGAGGACAUCGCAGGUGCUGCAGUACGAGCUGGGCUAUGUCGUCUGUGCCGCCGUGGCUCUGCUCUUCACCGUGGCCGUGCCGGUGGCCGGGAUGUGCUUCUGCUACUGCCGGAGCCGCCGGCGCUGCGGGGGCCGCCUCCGCGCCCACCGGCGCUCGCUGGGCUGCCGCCGCCGCUGCCUGCUGGCCUGCCUGUCCUUCACCUCCCUCGUCAUCCUGGUCAGCGUCACCUGCGCCUUUGUCACCAGCCAGAGGGUGAAGGGACAGAUGGAGCCGGGGCUGGGGGCUGUGCCCUCCACCCUGCGCACGCUGCGGCAGCACCUCGCCAGCAUCCCCCAGGGCGUGCAGAUGGUGGUGGACAAGUUCGAGGUGCCCCGAAAGCAGAUCAGCUCCGACCUGGGUGGGCUCAGCAGGAGCGUGGGGCUCUCCAUCCACGCACAGCUCCAGGCCAUGACCUACGCGGCUCUCGCCGACCUGCAGGACCGGGCCGGAGACCUACAGAGCUCGCUGCACCAUUUACAGAUCGUGCACAGGACGGCGCGGGCGCUGGCGGCGGCGCGGGCCGAGCUGGAGCCGGCGCUGCGGGAGCGGAGGCGCCGCGUGGUCGCGCUCCUGGACGACCCGCGCUGCACCUCCUGCGCCAGCGUCCUGGGCCGGGCACAGGGCCUGCAGCUCGGGGCUGACUACGCCAAGGUGCCGUCGGUGGAGAAGGUGUUGAAGGCGCUGGCCGGCCUGCCCCGAAGUGACUUUGCGGAGAUGAUUCGCCAGGGCAAUGGCACCUUCAACUCCAUCCCGGAGCUGGCCGUGGAGAGGAUGGCUCAGGUCAUCCAGGAUUUGCGGGCCGACCUGGCCCGCACGGCGGAGAAGGUGCAGUCCAUCGCCGACGGCUUCCCCCUGCCCGACUACACCCGGCCGGCCAGCGAGGCGCUGGCGGAGGCGGAGCAGCGGAGCCGGCCGUACCUGCGGGAGGCGGAGCGCUUCGAGCACUACAGGUGGAUCGCGGGCACGGUGCUGUGCUCCAUCAUCCUCCUCAUCCUCGCCUGCAACGUGACGGGCAUGGCCCUGGGGGCCUACGGGCUGUCCAAGCGGGAGGACCCCAGCGACUACGAGUGCCGAGGAGAAGCUGGCGCCAAGUUUCUCCUGGUCGGCGUGGGCUUGGCUUUCCUGUUCUCCUGGCUCCUCAUCCUCCUGGUUUUCGCCACCUUCCUGGUCGGGGGCAACAUCCAGACGCUGGUUUGCAGGAAUUGGGUCAACCAGGAGAUUUAUAAGUUCAUCGACACCCCGGGGAAUCUCCCUCCGUCCAUGAACCUCACCCGCCAGCUCAACCUCAGGAGGGACUCCAACCUCAGCUCGGCGUACAGGGAGUGCAAGAGCGGCGCGGGGCUCUGGGAGGUGCUGCAGCUCGACAGCUCCUACGACCUGGACGAGCACCUGAGAACCCCCCAGUACACGGCCGACUUCCAAAAGCGCCUGGGAGACUUCACGGCGGAGCUGGGGGCCGUGCGGCUGCUCCGCAGCGAGGGCAGGCAGGACCUGGAGGCCUUCGCCCGCAGCGGGCUGGACGAGGUGGAUUACGGGCGCUUCCAGGAGGAGAUGAAGAACCCCGUGGUGCAGACCAGCCUGCCCGGCUUGGCGAGGAACCUGGAGGGGCUGCAGAAGAUGCAGAGGAACAGCACGGUGGCCGGGCGGCUCGCAGCGGAGGCCAGGGCGCUGAGGCACAUGCAGAACUCCACGGUGCAGGCGCAGGAGGCUUUGGUGGCGAAGCUGGGGGAAAGCGUCCAGUUCCUCUCCCGCUUGGCACCGCACCUCAAGGAGCGGGUGAGGAGGACUCUGGCCACCACAGCUUCGGUGGAAGCCCGGCUGCCCCUGCAGGCCCAGCAGAUCCUGCGGCAGGAGCUCGGCUGCUUCACCAGGAAGGAGCUGCGCUAUUUCACCCAGUACCUCAACUGGGUCGGGCAGACGCUGAGGGAGGACGUGGCUUCGUGCCAGCCGCUGGCCACGGCCCUGGACAACGGGCGGGUGAUCCUGUGCGACCGCAUCGCCGAGCCCUGGAACGCCUUCUGGUUCAGCCUGGGCUGCUGCACCUUCUUCCUCAUCCCCAGCAUCAUCUUCGCCGUCAGACUCACCAAACACUUCCGCCCCAUCCGCAACCGCCUGAUCUCCACGGGCUCAGAGGAGACCUGUCCCUUCCACAUCCCCCGUGUGACAGCGCUCAAGCUCUAGGACGGGGCUCUGCCGGGUGCGGCG